UGGUGUACCUAUUGUAAUUAUUUAUAUUGCUCGUGCAUCCGAGUCUCUCAUUUUAAAAUCCGGCAUUUUUCCCAAAUUCUGCUUGUCGAAAUCGAGAGUAAAUGCAGACAAAUUUUAUCUCGUUUAAAGGGCGUUUUGUAUCCUUUCGAAAAUGGGUCACUAGUUCUUCGUUCGUUUUAUUCGUUCAAGUUUCAACGUUACCUUAUCCAUCCGUAGUAAGAAGAUAAACGAGCUUUAUCACAAUAUUACUGAUAUCAGUACCGCUAUCACUACUCGUUACCUGAAACCAAGCUCAGUCUCUUUUACUAAAUCAGACAAAUCGGUACAAUUUACUUCUGGAUAUUGAAAAUGCGGAAUGAAUCGUAUCUCGGUCGUGUUUUUGCUUUCCCAAAGUUGAUCGUUUUCUGGUGCCUUCUUGUUCUACUGACCAGUCACAUAUCAGCACAAGUUGAAAAUGAAACGUUCGAAAGUGUAUUUGGACUGGAUAGGCUGGAUAAUAAGGAAUCGAUGUACCCAGAAAUUAACAAGAAUACCGGACAAAUAUCUCCGAUAGAAACGCAAGAUUUAUCCGAGGUAGUGGACUUGAUUAAAGAUGAAGAUGAUCACAAGGAAGGAAUGGAGACAGGAGCGGAAGAUGUCCCAGCCAGUACCAAUGACAACCCCGACGAAAAAAAUAUACCUGAGGGUAAAAUCAUGUCUUCGUCUGGUUUCUCUAAGAAAAUGAUCGGAAAAAAGAAUGAGAAGUAUGUGAGGUACGAUUCCGAUUUACCGGAAGCAGACAGAUACGCGCCUCGUCCAGAUGAUUCAGUUCCAAAUUAUGUCUUAACAGAGACGAGACUGAAAGAAAUUCGAUCAGAAUUUAUGUAUUGGUACUUCGACAAGGGUGGUAGCGAUGACGAAGGCGAUUAUCAAAGGGAAAUCCAAGCUUCGACGCCACAAGUACACAAGAAUUUCAAUUUUCAAUUACCAUUCUUUGGCUUCAGAUUCAAUUACACCAGAGUAUCAAUGAAUGGCUUCCUAGAAUUUAGCGAUCCUCCGAUACAUUAUACAUAUCCUCUCGUAUUCCCGAUCAAAGAUUGGCCAAGGAAGAACGAUCCUAGUUUUAUAGGGAUAUUUUUCAGUAAAUGUCGCAUAGGAGAAAUAAGACCAACCGACAUAGAUCAGAGGAGACCCGGUGUAUACUUUAGACUGGAACGAGAUUUACAAAGGAGAACAGAUCAAUUUGGCGUCGAAAUGCGUGAACGCCUCAAAUGGGAUAUCCGCGAAGGAAUUAUUGGUACAGAUGCCUUCGACCCUAAACACGCAGUCAUAGUAACGUGGAAAAAUAUGUCCUUCACCGGUGGUAUCGAUAACUCCCUUUACAACACGAACACGUUUCAAAUGAUCCUGGCCACAGAUGAAGUGAACACCUACGUCAUAUUUAAUUACCUGAAUAUUCAAUGGAGCAGUCACACGGAAGCUGGUGGUGAUACAAUGUAUGGAGAAGGUGGAGUCCCAGCAUUUGUCGGUUUUAACGCUGGAAAUGGCACACGAAGCUACGAAUACAAGCCCUUCUCUCAAAUGUCGACGAUUCGCGAUUUAACCGGAAGAGGAUGGGCGAACGGUUUUCCAGGACGUCAUAUGUUUAGGAUAGAUGAAAACAUAAUGCCUGCAGUUUGCAAUAAAGAUAUUUCUGGAGCAAAUUUGCCUCUUGUGUUUGCACCCGAAAGCGGAAACAUGUUAGGCGGUACCAUCGUGAAUAUUACUGGUCCGUGUUUCAACGAGACUGAGAAAAUUCGAUGUAUGUUCGAAAGUGAGUGGGUGAUAGGUACUGUAGUGGACAAAAACCGAGCGAUAUGUGUUCAACCAUUCGUGAAGGCACAAGGAUAUAUUCGAUUCGCGAUUAGCAUUGGUGACAGUAAAACAUACAAUUGGAAGGGAAAAUAUUUCAUUGAAACCCCAGCUACAGCGACCGAGAAAAUCUUUGUGUCCAAUAGCGUUCACCAAGCAUAUCCAGCUGAAAUAAAAAUUACUUGGGAUCGAUACAAUUUAACCAGCAAUUUGAACGCGGGAGUACAAAUAUCUUUGUGGGGAUAUCGUGAGACGAAAACUACUCCCGAAUUUGAAUACAUCACUAAUUUGGAGACAGCAUAUACGAAUUUGGGUAGCUAUAUUAUAAGACCAGCAGCAUACCGUGACUUAAGCAAUCCUUAUCAGCAAGACAUGACUUUCGGUUUUAUCCAGCUCAAUUUAACAGAUCCGCAGCAACAAACUGGCCUUAACAUCACACCGAGCCUAUGGAGUAGACCAAUUCCAUUAGCCUGGUACUUUGCUCCACAAUGGGAAAGAGGGUAUGGAUCAAAAUGGCCUCAACGACUUUGCGACAAGUGGAUCAUGAACGACAGAUAUUUGAAAAAUUUUGCGGCGGAAAUAUCCCUGUGUCCGUGUACUUUAAAACACGCAUUAAAUGACAAAGGUCGUUUCCUUCCGGAUUACGAUUGCGAUAAAGAUUCGAAUUUGGAUUGCAUGUAUAAUCUGCAUGCGCAUCAUUGUGUGAGAACAGGGGCGCCAAACAUGGACGGUUCUGAGCAGCAAUGUUGCUACGAUAAAAAUGGCUAUCUAAUGUUGACUUACGAUCAGCAAUGGGGUUCGAGACCACAUAGGUCCCACAAUUUAGGAUACUAUCCAUGGGACGAGGCGAACAAAGUACCAACUCUUUCUCAUUGGUACCACGACAUAAUACCAUUUUACAUGUGUUGUAUGUGGCAAGAAGAACACGCAGUCGGUUGUGAAACGUUCAGAUUUGAAAGACGACCAAGUCAAGAUUGUAUCGCUUAUCAGUCUCCAGCUAUCGCGACGGUGUUUGGUGAUCCUCAUAUUGCAACAUUCGAUGGCUUGGAAUAUACCUUUAAUGGAAAGGGAGAGUUCGUUUUAGUACGUGUGAAUAAUCUGAAAGAUAAGCUUGACGUGCAAGGUAGAUUCGAGCAGUUGCCGAAUAACGUGUAUGGUGAAGUUAGGGCUACGCAAUUGACAUCUGUAGCAGCAAGAGGAAAUAAUUCAGCAACCAUAGAAGUUCGAUUAAGGCCAAAACACUCGCAAUGGAGAUAUCGCCUCGAUGUCUUCGCCAAUAAUCGUCGAGUAUACUUCGAUAGGCCAUCCAUAAAAUUUCAACACUUUACCGGCGUUGUUGUUUAUACACCCACGUACAUUUUAAAUCAGAGUGAAGUGAUCAUCAUGUUUGAUACUGGUGCAGGUGUGGAAGUAAUCGAAAACGAAGGAUACAUGUCAGCCAGAGUUUACUUACCCUGGACGUACUUGAAUAAAACCAGUGGUCUAUUUGGAAAAUGGAAUUUUGACAUUGCGGACGACUUGACAAAUCCGGAUGGACAGCAAGUAGCAGCGUCCAAUUUGAACCACUUUGAGGCUGUACAUAAAGACUUUGCGAUUCAUUGGAUGUUGGAAGAUAAAGAAGACGACGAUAAAGGAGGACCAUUGUUCACCAGAGAGUUUGGCAGAACUGCGAGUUAUUAUUCCAAUAGAACCUUCGAGCCCGAGUGGCGUAAGACGCCUGCAGAGAUACUACCUUCGAACAGGUCGUACGAUAUACAACGAGCUGCUGAUCUUUGUGGACAAUCAUAUCAGUGUCAAUAUGACUACGCAAUGUCGCUCAAUCGUGAUAUGGCUCAUUUCACGAAAAAUUAUUACAAUACGUACACUGAAAUAAGGGAUAUCAAUAUAAAUGAACGAGUGGUAUCAUGCGGUGUAUUGGAGACACCACGCUUCGGACGCAAGAGUAACUUCUUCUUCGUGCCAGGUACGAAGGUAACUUUUGAAUGCAAUCAGGACUUUAUAUUGGUUGGCGAUCAACGACGUGUAUGCACCCCCGAAGGUCGUUGGAACGUGCCGGAGUACGGAUAUACGGAGUGUCUACGUCAACAGGAAUAUAGUUCUCGUCAAGCAGGUAUCACAGCUGGUAUAGUACUUGCUUGCCUAAUACCAGUUAUAGUACUGAUUAUUUUUGUGGCAUCCAGACUUCUAAAGACACAGAAAGAACAAAGAGAACAGGAGGAAGCAUUGCAUAGAGCGAGAAGUACAGAGCUCCAAAGAUUACGCAAGCUCAAAGAUGAACAAGAACCUACUUCACACACCAGUAAAGCAACAGAAAUAAAUUAAAUAAUGGACGUAUUUUUAUACAAAUUUUUUUUAUAACUUGUUUCAUAUCAUUGCACAUUGUAUUCUUAUCAUUUACUCACUUCAAGACUUAGUUAUAUUUA